UGAUGCAGACACACAGCACGCUCAGCAUCACUUACACACACUCUAUGAACUGUACGAUCAGCAAUCAUCUGCCUGUUUGUCUCGAUCACCUGCACCAGGGAUACAGUUACAAGUGCUGAUAACUUUGUAGGCACAUCAGCUGUGCAGUUUUCUCCUCAUCUCAAAAGCGAUGAAAUCUACAGAAGUGGAUCCGGGGUUAUUCACUGACAGCUACUGCAAAGUGUGCAGCGCUCAGCUUAUCUCUGAGUCACAGAGAGUCGCCCACUAUGAGAGUCGAAAGCAUGCAAACAAAGUUCGUCUGUAUUACAUGUUACACCCGGUGGAUGGUGGCUGUCCUGCAAAGAAGCUUCGAACAGACAAUGGCAGUGCAGAGGGAGAUGUGGACAAGAACAAGUGCUGCACGCUGUGCAAUAUGUCGUUCACUUCGGCGGUGGUGGCCCAGUCGCACUACCAGGGCAAGAUUCACGCCAAGAGACUCAGGCUACUGCUGGGGGAGCCACCUGCCAUCACAACUAAAGAGGUGACAGCCAAUUCAGAGCAUAUGGUGACUGAAGACUCGCCGGAAAGUCCUUCUACACAUGGCAGACUCUCACACCGCUACUGCCAAAUGUGUAAGGCCUGGUUCAACAACCCCGGCAUGGCCAGACAGCACUAUGACGGAAAGAAGCACAAAAAAAACGCAGCCCAGGCUAACCUUCUCGCACAACUGGGUAAAAGUCUGGAGAACGGAGAUGAUCUAAACGGCCUGAAGCGGAGUCACACAUGUGAGGUCUGCAGUGUUACGCUCAACUCCGUGGCACAAUACCACGCACAUCUGCAGGGCUCCAAACACCAGAACAACUUGAAGAACAAAUGAAGUUUGAUGGAGCUCCCCUAUUUCAUCUCUGCUCUUGAAACUAUUUGAGGAUCUGUCUGUGAAAGUCAAGGCAACUUUAACACCACAUGAUAGCGAUAUCAGUUCAUAUUCUCUUGAUCCACUGUUUUCAUGACAGCGAUGUGGACACUACCAGUAAAGACAGAGACCUGGACAGUGAUAAUGGACAAGUGCAUUUUGCUAAAUUUGUACAUAAAAGAAAAAACAAACAAACAAACAAACAAAAAAACAUUCACAUCCUGAUCACUUUAAUCAUAUGUAUAUAUUUAAGGCAUGUCAAAUGGACACAAUUAUAGCUUUAUUUUAAUUUGGUGUGAUUAAAAAUAUUUUGAUUGUAAUUGUAUUCAUAUAUUAAUUUAAAUGUAUUUUAAUUUAUGUGUGUAAGAACUGAAAAUUUUGUAUUGGAGUAAAAAUGUCAUUCAAAUGUUGUAGCUCUCUGUAGUCCACUAAAGAUGUAUACUGAAUUUUCUUGUUUUAUUUUGCACAUACAGUACAGUCUGGGAGAAUUGCUCUCGGAUUAUAUUAAAAUGAGACUUUGUCAUCAUGUUGAAGCUGAAUUCAAUCAGCAUACUAGUAAAAGUAAUGAACUGUAGGACAAUAAUUGUUUUUAAUCUAUCUUAUAAAUCUAACAGGAUCUAUCUUAUAAAUCUAGCAAGACUUUCCAGAUUGGUUCGAAAUGUUCAGCAAACGUUUUUUUAACAUUCGCUACUGUAUGAAUAGAUAGAAAAUGAACUAUUUACUAUCUCUUGCAAUGACUAUAAAAGAAAGAAACCCAAGAGAUUACUAUAAGGAAGCAUUACUGAAAUGAAAAAGUUAAUAGUCUGCUAUCAUGCAUUUUAGUGCUUUUCGCAAAGGACUGAAUGCUGCUGAUUUCCAUUUGUGCACUGUUCCAUUUAAAAAAGCCAAAAUAAUCGAAUUAUCCCCAAACUGAUAAUGACCUUUAAAAAUGAAGAUAGGUUCCUAACAUUAUUAUUAAAAUACUGUUUUGUCUCUUAGAAAUGACAUCCUAGAGAAUAAAACAAUUCUGACACAAAUACA